AUGGUCAAGAUUUCAAAUUCAAGUGGAGAGGCGGUUAAUAUUAAGCAAGGGUCCUCUACCGUAGAGCUAGAGUCCUACUUGAUAAUUAGACCACUUCAUGUGUCUGGACUUUGAUUAGGUCAUUCUCUUAGCAUAUGAGGAUGGUAAUUUUUAGUAUUCUCAUUCGGAGUCCUUCUCCUUGAUCUUGAAAAGACCCGUUCAUUGAUGGAAUUCUUGAACCUACCACAGGGGAUCACACAUCAUAGGGAACAAAUGACCCACACAUCAUAGGGAACAAGUAUAUAAGUAACUGUUACCUUUAGUGUCUGUAGUCACACACAAACACAGUGACCCUCAGCGUCAGGUGUCUGUGGUUACACAUUUGUCAGGACGAGGAUGAAAAGCCACAUCAUACAUCCGCUAAGAGCGAGCUUCCACAAUUCGGGUCGCGGUCUUCUUUGUCGUCUCUAGAUGAAAGGAAUGAUGACGACAAUCACGCCAUCCGGUAUAUCAAAUUCAAAUCGUGUUGAGAGAAAUAGAUUAAUAGAAUGAUGUUCAUCUUCAUCAGAGGAACUAGAAUAAUGUAGAUGUAGAUCAUGUAGUUGCUGUUGAAAAAAGGGUGGUUUAUGAUAAUAAGUACUCUUCAUUGUCUUUGUUUUCUUCCACACCCUCCACAGCGUCAAGCCAAAGGCAUCUUCGUCGAGCUCCUAUGCAAUCCAUAUUACUGCGCCAAAUGCGGGUGUACCGCCAGACUCUUUUCCCGCCUCAGUUGCAAGUCAACAUGCAUAUGCAACUUCAACGCUUUCACCACCGACACGAUCUGGAACGCCACCUCCAUCGCUGUUUGCGACAGGACUGCCAACCGCUUUUUCGCCUCUUACGCAGAUGAUUGCUCACAAUUUGCAUACCCAGGGAAUGCCU